AUGUCGUUUCGCGUGGUGAGAAGCUCCAAGUUCCGGCACGUGUUCGGGCAGGCGUUGAAGCGCGAACAGUGCUACGAUAAUAUCCGCGUGUCCAAGAGCAGCUGGGAUUCGACGUUCUGCGCGGUCAACCCAAAGUUUCUGGCCAUCAUCGUCGAGUCGGCCGGUGGCGGUGCCUUCAUCGUGUUACCUCACAACAAGGUUGGGCGGAUUGCGGCGGAUCAUGCGUUGGUCGGAGGACACAAGGGCCCCGUGCUGGAUAUUGCCUGGUGUCCGCACAACGACAAUGUCAUCGCAUCUGGGUCGGAGGAUUGCGUGGUAAAGGUAUGGCAAAUUCCAGACGGUGGCCUAUCCCGAACGCUCACGGAACCAGUGGUGGAUUUGGUGUACCACCAGCGGCGUGUCGGGCUCGUCCUGUGGCAUCCUUCGGCACUGAACGUGCUACUGACGGCCGGUUCCGACAACCUGAUCGUGAUCUGGAACGUCGGCACAGGUGAAGUGCUGGUACGCAUCGAUUGCCACCCGGACACGAUCUACAGUGCGUGCUGGAACUGGGACGGUUCGCAGCUCGUGACGACCUGCAAGGACAAGAAGAUCCGUAUCCUGAACCCGCGCAACGGUGAGGUGUUAAACGAGGCACUUGCCCACGAGGGUUCGAAAGCGACGAGGGCCAUCUUCCUCCGACACGGGUUGAUCUUCACAACUGGCUUCAAUCGAUCGUCCGAGCGGCAGUAUUCGUUGCGAGCUCCUGAUGCGCUCGGGGAUCCGAUCGUGAUGGUUGAUCUGGACACGUCGAACGGCGUCAUGUUUCCGUUGUACGAUCCGGACACUAACCUGAUCUACCUGUGCGGCAAGGGUGACUCCGUCAUCCGGUACUUUGAGGUGACGCCUGAGCAACCGUUUGUCCACUACAUCAAUCAGUUCCAGACGCCUGAUUCGCAGCGAGCUAUCGGUAUGAUUCCGAAGCGUGGUUGUGACGUGAGCACCUGUGAGGUGGCCCGGUUCUAUCGGCUUAACAACAGCGGCCUGUGUCAGGUGAUCUCGAUGACGGUGCCGCGAAAGAGUGAGUUGUUCCAGGAGGAUCUCUACCCGGACACGCUCGCUGAUGAAGCCUCCAUCUCGGCGGAGGACUGGAUCAGCGGAGUCGACGCUGAUCCGCAGCUCAUCUCGCUGAAGGAUCGUGUCUUUCUCGUGCAGGGUGGCUACGUGUCGCAGGCCCAAAGUACCACGCUGACGGUGACGAAGAAGUCGAAUGUCCUGGACAAGAUGGCACCGAAGAGUGGCAGUACCGGUGGGAAGACGCUAUCGGCGGGUUCGGCCGGUGGUGCCUCGACCAAUGGAUCGCCGGUGACGGUCAACAAUGGAACCGGUGGCAGUGCUGGUGGUACUAGCUCACCUGCUAACAACGGCACCCAGCAGAUCACGAUCGGUGGCGUAUCGGAGCAACAGUUCGGUGAGCUGAGGACAAAGUUCGAGGAGGAGUUCCGCAAACUGAAGGCAAUCAUUGUGAAGCACGAAAACCGAAUCCGCUCGCUGGAAGCCACCGUUAAGGCGAUGUCCGAUCGGGGGCUUUCCGAGGUGGAUGGAGCGCUUGUCGCACCUGCCGCCGCCUCGACCGGCACGUCGCCCUCCCCUGCGCCACCUUCCUCGCUGCCACCCGCGUCCGACGAUGGUACGCAGCAGCCGCACAUGGUAGGAGACGGAAGUGGUCACUAUCGCAACUCCUCCACGCUCGAGCCGGAUGAAGUCUAGAGGUGGCGUGACGUGGCGCCAAGCAUCGGACGGAAGGACGCAACAGGACGCGCCGUGUAGCGUUGGGCUUCCUUCUUUCUCUUUUUUUUCCCUGGCGCGGUUGGCCGCCUCUCCCCCGCGCGGUACGCACGGAUUUGUGAGCUCGGGAAAGUAGAACAGAAACGCGCAACAAGAUUCGCAUCCUCCUAACCAUGUGUGGGCCUACGGGGAACGCUUCCUUUUUAGGGCUGUUCGAUAGGGCGAGGGGAUUACACUAAACACCAACUAACGAUCGCGGGGUGCGAGCAGGCGAGCAAAAGCAUGCAAAAACAAAAAAAAAAGAAAAAUCACAAAUGCCUUAACCGUUGGAAGAGAAAUCCUGCCCUCCACAUAUUUGCUUAAAGCGCCGCGAUUAGAUUCGAGAUUCGUAUUCGUAAAUGUACGUUUUUUAUGCAUUCAUAUUAUUGUAUACUAACCCCUCUCUGCCCGUGUUGCUGUGGCCUUUAAUCCCCACCCACCCUCCCUCCCAGCCAAGCCUUUUCUUCCCUCGCCGCCGCUAACCUUUUUUCCUGCCUUUCUGCAACGCUCGGCGGAGGUGUGCUGGGUGUGUGGGAAAGGUUUACGGCUUUUCCUGCGACUUCUCGCGAGGUAUUCGUUGAGGGGAGAGAAAAUUUACCUCUACUCGGUGAUACAGUUCGCGCGACUCCAAAUUAGCCCGCAGUGUAGAAAAACAGCAACGCAACACAAAGCCAGCAAAAUACAAACAACGUCUAAAUAACACAUAAGAGCGCGCCAAAACGCGCGCUAGCUUCCGCUGUGCCACAGCGAUGAGAAGGACCCGCGCUAGGAUAGGACACACUACCUUGUUUGCGCAUACAUUUAUGCAACGCAGAAAGCUAGAGACGAAGCAAGAGAGAGAGAGAGAGAGUGUGUGUGUGUGUGCGCUUUCGAACUGAUUAAAGAAACAAAUGAACAAAACAAAACACAACGUAAAUAUAUAAACUACUAAAGUGGAUGCUAGGGCAAAAUACGAAAGCCGGUGGGUUUGCGCGCAAAUGAUAGGAAGAUUAGCCCGCGACAUCGAGAUAUGGUGUGUGGACGCGUGGAACACAGGACAUUUACGCAGGAUGGCCGACGAGCGGGACAGCAAAGGACAGCCGAUAGCGAUACCGAGCUGUGUUUCGAGGACGAUGACGCGAUGGUGGCGCGAAGCGAUUAAUACUUAUUAUUAAAUUAAUUCUUAUUACUUGUUUUUAUGAUUAGAUAAAUCAAAACAAAACAAAGAGCGAGAGAUCGAGAAACAAGAGCAAACACAGAAACAAAGGAAU